UUCCGCGAUGGUAGGCGGCGGCGGGGUAAGCGGCGGCCUCCUGGAGAAUGCCAACCCCCUCAUCUACCAGCGCUCUGGGGAGCGGCCCGUGACGGCGGGCGAGGAGGACGAGCAGGUUCCCGACAGCAUCGACGCACGCGAGAUCUUCGAUCUGAUUCGCUCCAUCAAUGACCCGGAGCAUCCACUGACGCUAGAGGAGUUGAACGUAGUAGAGCAGGUGCGGGUUCAGGUUAGCGACCCCGAGAGUACAGUGGCUGUGGCCUUCACACCAACCAUUCCGCACUGCAGCAUGGCCACCCUUAUUGGCCUGUCCAUCAAGGUCAAGCUUCUGCGCUCCCUUCCUCAGCGUUUCAAGAUGGACGUGCACAUUACUCCGGGGACCCAUGCCUCAGAGCAUGCAGGUAAGUGUGGACUGGUGGUGAGGGUGUUGGCCCGGGCACCCCCUAAGCAGUCUGAGGCUUCCCCCUUGCACAGGAGUCUAUGGGCAAGACUGGGGAUGGGUAACUGCAUGAGUGAAAUUGCCAGAGACUCCUCAGUGUAGGUUAUAACCUAAACCAAAGCUGGCCUGACAAGACUCUCCUGUGCUUACCAUGUCCUCUUCUCCCAAAUCCCCUCUCACCAAAUAUACAGGACCAGAGUGUGUCACGCUUCAGCAGCUCAGGAGGCAGCCAGGGGGAGGGAUCCUAACAAGGCAGAUUAGGUGGGCUCACGUGGUUGAAGUAGCCUGAUCAAGAUGUGGGGUCCUGGGAAGGAGGUGACAGGAGGUCUCUGUUGCUGUGGGGGACAGAUCCUAUACAGAGGUUCAGAGGUAGGGCUGGCUAGCACUCUGGCCAGAGCCUAGCUUUGACUCUGCCUUCCUCACACCCUCCGUCCCACCUAGUGAACAAGCAACUUGCAGAUAAAGAGCGGGUGGCAGCUGCCCUGGAGAAUACCCACCUCCUGGAGGUUGUGAAUCAGUGCCUGUCAGCCCGCUCCUGAGCCUGGCCUUUGGCCCCUCAGCCUGCAUACUGUUAUCCUGGUCCCAGCUCCUGCCAGGGCUCUUACCCUUGUUUUCUUGAGUCACUCACAAUGAGAAACUAACAUUUUGUUUUUUGUAAUAAAGUUAAUUUAUAUUCAGUU